GCCGCGCUCGCACCAGCUGUUUCCCGCCUUGAGCCGCAGGCAGAGGCCGCCGGAGCCGGAGCCGGAGCCGGGCCCGGCCGCCCCCCAGCCGCUCCGGCAUGGAGUACUUCAUGGUGCCGGCCCAGAAGGUGCCGUCGCUGCAGCACUUCAGGAAAUCCGAGAAGGAGGUCAUCGGCGGGCUCUGCAGCUUGGCUAAUAUCCCGUUGACUCCGGAGACCCAGCGGGACCAGGAGCGGCGGAUACGCAGGGAAAUCGCCAACAGCAACGAGAGACGGCGGAUGCAGAGCAUCAAUGCUGGCUUCCAGUCUCUGAAAACCCUCAUCCCACACACGGAUGGGGAGAAGCUCAGCAAGGCAGCCAUCCUCCAGCAGACGGCUGAGUACAUCUUCUCCCUGGAGCAGGAGAAGACUCGGCUACUGCAGCAGAACACCCAGCUCAAGCGGUUCAUCCAGGAGUUCAGUGGCUCCUCCCCGAAACGACGACGGGCAGAGGACAAGGACGAGGGGAUCGGCUCACCAGACAUCUGGGAGGACGAGAAGGCUGAGGAUCUGCGGCGGGAGAUGAUCGAGCUCCGGCAGCAGCUGGACAAGGAGCGCUCGGUCCGCAUGAUGCUGGAGGAGCAGGUUCGCUCCCUGGAGGCCCACAUGUACCCUGAGAAGCUGAAGGUGAUCGCUCAGCAAGUGCAGCUCCAGCAGCAGCAGGAGCAGGUGAGGUUGCUGCACCAGGAGAAGCUAGAGCGUGAGCAGCAGAUCCGAACCCAGCUCCUGCCAUCACAUGCUCCCCCAGCGCCCACUCACCACCCCACUGUGAUCGUUCCAGCGCCGCCUCCCUCCCAUCACGUCACCGUGGUCACCAUGGGCCCGUCCUCAGUCAUCAACACAGUUUCCACGUCUCGGCAAAACCUUGACACCAUCGUUCAGGUAAGGGGGGCACCGGGGAGGAUGGUGGCAGGGGUGCUUUGGGGGUGUCCCUCACCCUGCUGGGUGCAUCAGAAGAGGGUACAUGAUGUCCUCAUGGGCGGCGGUUGCCCUCGGCAGGCGAUCCAGCACAUCGAGGGGACGCAGGAGAAGCAACUGCAGGAAGAGGAGCAGAGACGUGCUGUCAUCGUGACGCCGGCACGCACCUGCCACGAGCCCUCUGCCUCCGACACUGCCUCCGACACCGAGGGCAACGACAGUGACUCCAUGGACCAGAGCAAAGAAGAGCCCUCGGGGGACGGGGAGCUGCCCUGACACCCCCCGGCUGGCAGCCGGGUUGGGGACCGGGGCGGGGGGGGAAUGUCAGAGAAUAUGCUGAGAUUUUUACAAAAUACAACGCGAUUUGGGUCUCUUUUAUGACCUUUUCCCAAUACUGUAAAGCUGAGCGCUAGAGGCAGGCAAAGGUCACCCUGCAGCUCC